AUGAACAGGAAAGGUUUGGAGAGAAAUGGGCUAAGCACAGCUGGGGAAAUGAAGGAAAGACAAAAAAUGCUGAGUGCCGACAGUGUGCAAGUGGCAGUCCGUGUUCGGCCCUUUAACCAGAUGGAGAAAGAUGCGGGAAGCUGUUGCAUUAUUUCCAUGGUUUUAAACAGUAUCACAGUUUGUCAUCCAAGAAAUCGGAACAACACAAAAACCUUUUUAUUUGACCUGUCCUACUGGUCACACAAUGGAUUUAUCAAAAACAAGGAAGGAAUUCUUAUUCCAGAUGGACCUGCGAGCAAAUAUGCAGACCAGAAAAGAGUAUUUGAUGAUCUUGGCCAAGAAAUGUUGAAUAAUGCAUGGAAGGGAUACAACGCCACUCUACUAGCCUAUGGUCAGACAGGCUCAGGAAAGAGCUACUCUAUGAUUGGUUAUGGUCCAGAUAGAGGGAUAAUCCCAUUGACAUGCGAUGGGUUGUUCAAAAUAAUUCAUCAAAAUCAAGAACCUGAUAAACAGUACCAGAUUUAUUUCAGCAUGUUGGAAAUCUACAAUGAAAAGGUGGUAGACUUGUUAGCCAAGAGUAAACAGCCUAGAGAUCUAAAAGUGCGAGAAAGCCCCCAAAGGGGCUUCUAUGUGGAAAAUCAAAUGUUGGUGCCUUGUGAAAGCUAUGAGCAAAUCCAACAGUUGCUGAAGGAAGGCAAUACAAAGAGAAUCACAAGGUCCACCAGCAUCAAUGCGGUCAGCAGUCGUUCACACUUGAUCACCACCAUCCGAUUCAAACAGGUAAUGAUCAACAGCAGCCGGUACCACCUCACGAAACAGUCUGACAUCAGUUUGGUAGAUUUGGCUGGCAGUGAAAGGCAGAAAUCCUCUGGUUCUGAGGGAGACCGGCUGAGAGAGGGAACUGCUAUCAAUCUCAGCUUAACUACGUUGGGCAACGUCAUCAGUGCUUUAGCAGAAAUAGCCAUGGGGAAGAAGGUGUUGCAUGUGCCAUAUAGAAACUCCACACUGACCAAACUGCUGCAAUCAGCUCUGGGAGGAAACAGUAAGACAAGGAUGAUUGCGACAGUCAGUCCAGCUGACAUCUGCUACGAGGAAACACUUUCAACAUUACGUUACGCUGAAAGGACUAAGAACAUCCAGAACAAGGCGGUGAUAAAUGAAAAUCCAACAGAAAGACUCAUACUGGAGCUGAGGGCAGAGAACGCCAAGCUGCAGUCAACGAUCACCAAGAUUAGAUACGCUGGACUAAAGGGAGAGGAAGAAAUGAAGUUACGACAGUCACUGGCUGAGAAUGAACGGCAAAUGGCAGAGAUUCAGACUUCUUGGGAGGAGCAACUCGAGAAAGCACAGCAAGAAUGGGAACAGAAAUACAAAACUCUAACACAGGAAAGGCGUAUGAUUCAGAUGUUCCCCUAUCUGGUGAAUGUCAAUGUGGACCCUCAGCUCUCUGGCUUUGUCCACCUCUUCAUCCAAGAAGGAGAGACUGUCAUUGGACAAUCUGCACGAUUCCCACAGGCCAUUGUUAUUAAAGGUUUCGGUGUUGCUGAUAAACAUGCCAUCAUCACAAAUCUCGAUAAUAAAGUAAUACUGGAGCCAUGUGGACAAGCUAAAGUGAUUUUAAAUGGAGUCCUUCUCCUUACCAAAGUUCCACUUAAACACUUGGAUAGACUCAUUCUGGGAUCCAACAGCACGUACCUCUACAUAGGAUUUCCUUGUGAGCGGAAUGGUGAGGACAUGAGCAAAUAUGACUAUGACUUCUUCCAGUCAGAGCUGGCAGCAGUAGAAGGUUUUGACAGAGAUGCUCUUGGUAAGCAGGUAAAGCCAGGAUUAUAGAACAAGAAAGUGGACCCGAGCGUGCUUGCUGUGUUCCUCGAUUACAUCAGGGUGAAGCCUCUGGUGGCGGAAGCAAACCAGAUCAGUGAGGAGUUAAGUAAGGAUCUCAAAUUUGAAUUGGAAGUGAAGAACUUGGCAUUAACAGACUCCAGGGGCCAUGACCUGGUGAAGGAGGUGAUAGUGAAGGUGACAAAUAAAACGACUCAUCAGGUAUGGGUCUGGUCAAAAGCUAAGUUUGUGAACAGGAAGUUCAUCAUGGAGGACAUAUAUCAGCAUUUCAUCGAUGGAGAGACCAUUUCUCUGGAUAGAGAGAGUGAUCCAUUCUGGGACCCUAUUGAUGCAGUCCAUUUAGGAACUGCAUAUGUCUGGCUUCAAUCUCUCAACUAUUGUAUUCCACUGGAAGAACAUGUGGAGUUUCACAAUUCGCAAGGUGAAGAAGAGGCCGUUUUACAGAUGAAUCUGGUGCCAUGCACUCCAACUGGACAACCUCUGAGUGAAGAUGAGAUCCUCAUUGACCCCACAGAGAUGGUGGGCCAGAGGUUGGAUUUUCAAGUUCAGAUUAAGCAAUGCUUGGGAAUCAGAUGGUUGAAGCAGAAUAGCAUGAGAGGAAUUCAGAUUCAAUUUUCUGUCCAAUUGCAGGAAAUAGACGAUGACCAGCUCUCGGAGCUUUACAUCAAGUUAUCGAAGUUGGAGCAAGAGAUUGAACUUCUGAGAGAUGUCAACAGAACCUUAAGAAAAGACAACGCCUCCAUUAAGAGCACUUUAAGGAAAAUGAGUGAUGCCUCAAGGCCCGAUGAGAAGUCUUUCCACCGAAAGAACGCAGAAGCCUUUGGCAGUAAGGGUACACCCAAGGCCAGUUAUGAAGUUGACUUUGCCAAGGCUCUGAAAACAUUUUACCAAAGCAUGAACAGGGUACGGAACCAACUGCUAGGAUUGAGGCGCCAUCGACCACCGGGUGAUGAUGACGUUGGAACACUGCGAUUGUACCUGGACAACCAAACUCGGAUGAUAAGGGAUUUUGGUGACUCUCUGGAAUUGUGCAUGAACACUCUGAAGAAUGAUGUCAGUCUCAUUGUUAAAAAAAAGAAGGGGCACAACCUGUGGGGAUCUGUGACCAAGUGA